GGGCGGGGCUUCUUGAGCCUGCGCAAUGAGCGUCUGUCCUACACCUGCGGAGUCCCCGGCCGCGGACCGACUUCCCUCCUCUCCCAGAGCCACAUCGGUAGAACUCGUGUCCGGACCGGUCUGACUGGCCUUACGCAGGCCACCCCGGUCACCCUGGCCUCUGAGCCACGUCUGAUUUGAUCCCGCCCUUCCUUGGGGUUCCCUUGCGCACCAGGACUGGAGGCGCGGGUCCUGGCCCUACCCUGCUGCCCACAUCGCUCUGGGGGAAGGUCACCAGUGCCAGGCCCAGACCCAAGCGCUCACAUCCGCUGUCACCCCAACACACGGCGACCCUGUGUGGCAGGUUGCCUGCCACCUCACAGAGGAAGGAGGGAGGAGGAAUGCGUUCCAAGGACGGAGACGCAGGUGGGGCAGGAGCUUCGCAUCCCCAGCUCACCCGCAGAGGGGAACUGCGGUUCCAGAAAUGAGCCGGAAGGGACGCCCGGGUCGCCCGGCGGUGAAGAGUGUGCCUACAGCUCAGGUCCUGGUCUCAGGGUCCUGGGAUCAAGCGCACAUCAGACUUCCUGUUCAGCGGGGAAUCCACUUCUCCCUCUGCCCCAACUCCUGUUCAUCCGUUCUCUCUCUCUCUCUCUCUUUUUUAAGAUUUUAUUUAUUUAUUUGACCGACAGAGAUCACAAGUAGGCAGAGAGAGGGAAAACCAGGCUCCCUGCCCAGCAGAGAGCCCAAUGUGGGGCUCGAUCCCAGGACCCUGGGAUCACGUUCUCUCUCUUAAAUACAUACACACGUACAUACAUAAGAAAUGAGCCAGAAGUAUCACUUGCCAGUGAAGCCCCUGUUGUUGCCAAGUUUAAGAAUAGUCGUAGCCAAGGUGUGUAAAUCAAACCUUUUUUAUAGGUUAAAAAACACAAACCUCCAAGCAGUCUGUGGUCUCAGACACCUUGGUCUCUGUCUGCCAAGAAGAGGCUUGGCUUGAAGUGGGCCUCCGUCCUCUGCCUCAAAGCAGGGGCUUUGAGGUGUGUGAGUGAUGGCUGGGGUUCUCCAGACUGCCAGCAGGCCUGGGAGCUGAGGCUGAUGUCAGGCUAACCUCCAGUCCUCCUUCCUGAGGAGCUGCGGGUCUUUGGAGGGCUGAGGACGUGCCCCAGAUGCGUGGAGGCUGAGUCACCCAGCCUGUCAGUGCCCCCUUGGAGCCCCGGCGGGGGCCACCACCCACCACAGGAAGAAGGGUGGGUAGCUGCUGUGCCGGCUGAGCCGGGGCCUCCUGGGAUCCUGGGAACCCCAUCUUUGAGCUCCACCCGUGACUCCGCCCCUCCCCAGGAGGGAAAAGGCAGCCAGCUGCCAGUGGCUUACCUCAUAGGCACUGGACCUGACCCACAGGACGAGAGGGUAGACUGCUGCCGUCACCACCUCAGGCUGGGCCAUGGACCCACACGAGAUGGUCGUCAAGAACCCGUAUGCCCAGGUCAGCAUCCCCCGUGCUCACCUUCGGCCCGACCUGGGGCAGCAGCUGGAAGCGGCUUCCUCUUCCUGGGGGUCGCAGCCUCUGCCUGCGGGGUCCUGCCCCUCAGAGCCCACCCGGCUCCUGCAGCCCACCGAGGCGGCCCUAGAGAGCAAAGGUGGCAAGGGGGCCAAGGGGACUGGCCAGAUCCAGGGACACCAGGCCUGGCCACAGACCAGCAACCCCUGCAGUGGUGGGCAGCGUCCGGCAGGACUGACCUACGCCGGCCGGCCACCCAUCGGGCGCGGUGACGACAUCGCCCACCACUGCUGCUGCUGCCCCUGCUGCUCCUGCUGCCACUGCCCUCGCUUCUGCCGCUGCCACAGCUGCUGCUGCGUCGUCUCCUAGCCCAGCACCCACGUGGCCGUGGGGCCUGUGGCGGAACCCCCCCACCGUGGCUUGGGCGGCCGCCGGACCACUGUCAUGGGUAUUGGCCACUUCCCACCCCAGAUGGGAGCAGCUACCUGCCGAGGGGGCCGACCGCCCAGCUCUAGCCCCUUGCUGGAGAGCCUGGGCCCCUGCGGCAAGGGCAGCCGCGGGGACACCCUUGACCACUUCCCUCGAGCCCCACGGCCCAGGCAAUAAAGCAGAGUGAGCCUUGC